CUAAAGCCGCUGUCAAAUCAUUCCAAAUAUUUCAUUUCAUAGUUACAGUUUGAGUUAAUUUGAACAUACAUUCUGUUUUGAAGCUAGAAAACUUGACAAAUGCGAUGUUGCUGAAACUCUUAGCGACAUUUUUAAUCGCAGGGGUGGUAUUGUGCGAUGAGGUCGAACAGAUUUCUGGAUGUGACAAAUCGGAGGGUCUGUCUUCCUACGUUGAUUGCCUCUCCUCUGAGGCGUAUGAAGAAGAUCUGAAGGAGGGCUACAGCUACGACUUCUCAGAGAGUGGAGACUGCGGAUGGUGUGUGAAUGCAAUGACGAAACUACAAUCCUACUUGGCGAACCGCGAGCAGGAUUAUUGGGGAGACUAUGACGAGCAGCCAGAAGAUGCUUCUAAUAGAGAUGAAGAAUACAGGAUGGUUGUGGCACAUAUGGUCUGCGCACAGAUUGAAGACGAAAAGAGCAGAAAUAACUGUGAACAAUUGACCUUUGACCAAUUCUAUACGCUGUGGGAGAUGCAAACCAGGGAAAUGCCCACUUUCAAGGUCUGCUCCAUCUUCGAUUACUGCCACGUCACUUUUGACGUGUGCAAGACCAGUCCGAAAACUGUGUGCGCAGACUACAAAACUGCUACGAAGUGUGGCAUGUUCGCCAAGUGUAUGAAACACGAGUGGGUUGCGGCUGCAGUUGAGUGGUCUCCAUGGUCAACUGUAGAUGAUCACUCGGCCGAAUGUACCGAGUGUAAGAUGGUUGUUGACUACAUGAAGAGCUACUUGGCCGACUACAGCCACAGAAACGAGAUCAUCCACGAGGUAGAGAUGGUAUGCGAGAAGUUCUUCACAGCCGACGAAUGCGAAACUUACGUGGGGGAGUCAAUCGGAACCCUGUUGGAGCUUCUGGAUACUGAAGUAUCCGCCGACGAAAUUUGUUCUCUCCUCCAACUCUGCUCUUCAUCUCAAGACCUGGAACCAGCAACUGUACAACCAGGAACUGCGUCACCAACUCCAUGGUCAGAGGAAAAAGUAGCCACACCUCCUCCGAGCAGCAGGGGACUCCUGGGAGCCGAUGAGUGUGUGUCCAGUCUAGAAGUGAUCUGCAGCGACCCAGAACUCAUGAUGAGGUGCGAGCGAGGCGACGUCUGUGACACCCUCAAAUACGGCUACACUUUCGGCUCAGCCAAAUUCGGUCACCUUUUAUCUUCAGACAAGAUGCCCGAGUGGCCAGAGCUAUCAGGAACGGAAAACUGCGAGGAGUGUGAAAACUUCAUGAAAUACGUGAAAGGAUAUUUCAGUGAUGAGGAAACUCACAGGGAGGCUGAGGUGGCAGUCGAAAAAUGGUGCAAUGACCUGCCCUCUGAAUACUCUGCAGAAUGUGUUCAAAUGGUACAAGAGUACUUGCCGAUACUGUUCACAGUGCUGGAGGAACACCUGGAUCCCGAGACAGUGUGUCAUAAAUGGCCGCCCUGCUCAGCCGACCAGUCUAGUCUCAACGAAACACAAACAGAUUGCGCAGGCACUCUUUGUACACCUGAAGGAUGCUGUCCCCUAACUGAUGCAGUGUGCUGCAGCGACAAUUCGCACUGUUGUCCCCAUGGCUACUCGUGCAGUUCGGAUGGCGGAUACUGUAUGCAGUCGGGGGAGGAAAACCAGAAAUCUGUUGAGAGUUUUGGUCUCACUCUUACAAAGUCAAAAGGAAAAUUCGAAUCUUAUGCGACUUUUCCGAAGAUAUCCGAGUGCACGUUGUGUGAAGAAAUUGUGGUAUGGGCGAAAGAAUAUUUGAGCGAAGAAGGUACUACAGAUGAGAUUGAAGAUGCAGCGAAGGAGAUGUGUAAUGAAUUGCCCUCUGGUUAUGUCGAUGAGUGCCUUGAAGUGGUGAAUGGAUACUUGCCGCUCUUGAUUGAAGCGUUGGAACAGGACCUGGACCCCCAGACUGUGUGUACAGAAGUCGACCUCUGCCCAGAUGACUCAUUCAAACUCAACGGAACCCAAACAGCAUGUGUCGGAACUCUCUGCUCGCCUGAAGCGUGUUGUCCCCUCUCUGACGCAGUGUGCUGUAGUGACAAUUUGCAUUGCUGUCCCCAUGGCUACUCGUGCAGUUCGGAUGGCGGAUACUGUAUGCAGUCGGGGGAGGAAAACAAAAAAUCUCAGCCAAAAGUGGACCAGAACUACAACAGAAAAACUGAACUGACAUCUUAUGCAACCUUGCCGAAGAUAUCCGAGUGCGUGGUUUGUGAACAACUGGUGGGUUGGGCGAAAGAAUAUUUGGGCGAAGGAGGUACUACAGAUGAGAUUGAAGAUGCAGCGAAGGAGAUGUGUAAUAAAUUGCCAUCUGAUUAUGUAGAUGAAUGCCUUGAACUGGUGAAUGGAUACUUGCCGCUGUUAAUUGAAGCAUUGGAGCAGGAUCUGGACCCCCAGACUGUGUGUACAGAAGUCAAACUCUGCCCAGAUGACUCAUCCAAACUCAACGGAACCCAAACAGCAUGUGUCGGAACUCUCUGCUCGCCUGAAGCAUGUUGUCCCCUCUCUGAUGCAGUUUGCUGUAGUGACAAAUUGCACUGCUGUCCCCAUGGCUACUCGUGCAGUUCGGACGGCGGAUACUGUAUGCAGUCGGGAGAGCGAAAAAAUAGCAAACCUGAGCCAAAAGUGGAGGAGAAAUAUAACGAAUGUGCUUCUGGCCAGACCGAAUGCUUUGCUGGCGCCUGCUGUCCACUUCCAGAUGCAGUAUGUUGCAGUGACAAUAUCCACUGCUGUCCUAGUGGAUACUCCUGCAAUGGAGGAUUCUGCUCAAGGGCCAGCCAAAACAGCUCCAUGCCAGAUGAUCUCGCUUUCCAAACUUACGUGAUCAAAUCUGUGAGCAGAGGAAGGAGGCAGGCGGAAAUCAGUGAGUCAUACAAUGAGCAGAGCCAACUGAGUAGCUGGUUGACCCUGGGCGAGAAACUGGCUGGUAUGGUCGAUGGUCUCCUGGGCCAGUUGAGAGAAUCCGGUGCAUGCAGUGCGUGCAAACUGGCUGUCAAAUACACACGGGAAAGUGACUUGAGAGAUAUGGAUGAAAAGAAGGAACUCUACUUGGAUGACAUCCGAUUUAAAGUAUGUAAAGAAAUGUAUGGAGAAAAUUACGAAGCCUGUCCGCUCGAUCAAGGAACACUCGAGAAUAUUCUAGAAGCUCACCAAAUAAGUGAUAUGAUGGCCGAUGAUGAAGUAGAGAAGGAUGAGGAUGGUCUCUACUGUCCUGUGAAGGCACUGUGCGAUGCAAACAGUAUCAAGAUCGAAGAUGCUUACAUUUUUGUGAGAGAACACAUGUGUGACGUGUACCGAAACAUGUUGGAGCUCGUGAAUGACCCAGCAAAGUUGAACGCUGGAUGGAGCAAGUUGAUGGAACAGGCGGACACGCUGAAGGGCAGUUACAAUGUGAAUGGCCUCCAAUGGGCGGAGGGUGUUAAGAAGGCACUGGAACAGGCUCAGAUGGAAAUGGAAAAGGAGGGAUACAAAGAUAAGAAGGAGAUAUUGAUAAAGAAGCUGAAAGAAGAGGUUCCUUCUUUCCAAAUGUGCUGAACUACUUGGACGAAGAAGGGAUCGAAAAAGAACUUGAAUAAUGGAGAAAAGAACUCAAUCUGAAUUGACUCUGAAAUUAUAAUUAUAACCCGGAACUUAUUAAGUUACACUGUUUUCAGUUGUAUUCUUUUGAUUAAUUGUAAUUCAUUGUUAGAAUUGUUUA